UUUUGCAUGUGUGUACGUUUGUUUCACGGGAAAUGUUUCAUCUUGGUUGCAGCUACUUAAGAAUUUCGUGAAGAAAAAGACAAGAAAAAAGUGAUAAAAUGACGAGUGAGAGAAUUAAAGACAAUUCUAAAUCCAGUGUAAUGCUAAAAUGUUUCACAUAAUCUCGUUAUGAAUGAAUUAGACUCGCGUGUGUGCUUCGAUGCGUUAUCAACAUUGCAAAAUUUACAAAUGGUUGAAAACGUUUGCAAUGUCUGCGGCGCAUCACAUUUCACCCAAAACUGUCCGGAUGUCUCGAAGGGGGAGCAUUUUCCUCCAUUUCCAUGGACAUCCGAUGGGCAGAUCCAGGACACACCGCAUCAGAAUAUGUCACGAUCCUCCAUUCCCAAUGGGCUGCACAUCAUCGAGACUGGGGAGAGUCUCUGUGUUGUGACGUCGCAGAAAUUCGCCAAGGGUACCCGUUUUGGGCCGCUCAUGGCGAAGAAAUCCUACAUACCCGUGGAAAAUGCCAAAUUCCCACUAAUUGUGUUCGGGAGCCCCCUGUUGGACUCCAAUGAUGCCGAAAUUGAGGAACUCUUCAAGAUACGCAACGCAUAUUUGGACACGAGGAAUGAGAAUUACUGCAAUUGGAUGAUUCACGUCAGCCCAGCACAGUAUUCCAAUGAGCAGAACCUCAUCUGUUACCAGCUCUAUGAUCAGAUUUUCUACACAGCCAUCGUAGACAUUGAGGUGGGUGACAUCCUAAAGGUGUGGUAUGCCCCAAAGUAUGCGGCAAAAAUGAAUGUUGAGCUCCUCAAGCCGAGCCCCCAUGAGAUUGUCAACAAUAUCCUGCGGCAGGUGUCAAUAGCGAGUAUGGGAAGUCUCACGGAUGAUAAUUUGAAUUUUGAAAAUAACGACUAUCCCGUGUAUGAGGAUAUCACGGAGAAGAAUAAUUCAGAGAUUUCCCUACCGCCAAUAAAUAGCCUGAUAAAGGCGUCGUCGUAUCAGAACAACAACUACCUGUGUUCGGAACAUCACAUCUACGAUAUGGAUAAGAACUACGAGAUAAGUAGUACGAGCUCAAUACCCGCCGCAAUGGAUGCAGUAGCACAGAAUCCCCCAAUGAUGGUGGCGGAUCUCAAUUAUAGCCUCGUGCCGGGUUUCGAUGGGGACGGCCAGAGGCCGGAUCAGUUGACGUAUGAUAAGUGGAAGAGUGGCUUUGAGGUGCGUGUGUCGCAGGGAAAUGGGAAAUUGGGCAGCAAGAAGGUAUCCAAGUACCUGUGUGAGGUGUGCGACAAGGAGUACAUGACGUUGGCAAAUAUAAAUAAGCACAUGCGCAGCCACAAUCUCCAUUUAUGCAAUUUAUGCGUGAAAUCCUUCAAGAGCACCAAUGAAUUGCGUGAGCAUGUGUGCCCGAAGGAGAAGGAUGUGACGAACUACUCAAAGUGCCCGGUGUGCUUUAAGAUCCUCUCGAAUUCGUGGUCACUGAGUCGCCACAUGAAGACACACAAGCGCGAUGAGGCUGGCAAUGGGGAGGAUGGUAAGAAGGCCACCCCCACGACAGAUGCCGAGGAAUCAAAUCCAAGUGAUGAUGUCAUGGCAAAGAAUCCUCGUGUUGUGCUCGAACGAUUGCAAAUUGCAAUGCCCGACGAUGAGCAAUCGUGCGAUGAUCCCAAUUCACGAUCGUGCGAUGAGCGCUCCGUGUCUUCCAAUUUAGUGCCAUACUUCGAGGGUGAUGAUGCUGCAUCACGCAAUGCCGGCAGUGGUGCCGGUGCUGAGCUCAUGGAGCCCUGGGAACGUGCCGAGGGUGAAUUCUCAUCGUCUCUCGAGGGUGAGGAGGACUUUUCGCCGCAUCAGCGGGAUUUACUUGAUAUGGAGAUGGGAAAAUGCCUCGAUGGGGGUCUCAAUGGGGCCACGGAGAAGUGUACGGUGUGUGGGAAGCAAUUUAAGAAUCGCACAUACCUCUAUAAGCAUCUCAAGCAGGUGCAUACGGCGAAAAUAAUGCGGCCACCACUACAAAAGCCCCCGCAUAUGCAACAUCCCGGUGGUGGUGGAGGGUAUCUCACUAAUCCCAGUAGUGGGGGCAAAUUGGAGGCGUGUGGGCCACAAAUGCAUGGAAAUACGGACUUUAUGACUACAUCGUCACCCGUGAAGCCGGCAAUUGCAAAAGCACUCGCAUCGAAGUUGACGAGUAAGAAGAAAAACAAGAAAUUGGGUGAUGAUGAUAUUUCCCCGGCCUGUGGCAAUUCCCCACGUUCUCCACUCACGCCAAACUCCGAACUCCUGGCCGGUGACUACAUGGUGCCCUUCUCCAAUGCCAAUCAAAUCAAUAUCAACACCUCCGGGAACUCCAUUACAAUCAUCAGCAAUGUCACGUACUGCAACACGCACGAGGGUGUUGUCAAUCCACAGGGUGGACCGACGCAGGAACGUGGACCACCACCGCCACAGCCACAAACACAUGGAACGGGCAAUGGUGGUCAGUUCUAUCAUCACGGCGUACCACCUCCGCUGCCACAAGUUCAGCAACCUCCUGCUGGAGCUGUGAAAGUUGAACCGCAGGUGACAAAGGUGGAACACGUUGAUGGGGUACUCACGGAGAAAAUAAUGUCAUCCGGUGGGGAUGAUCGAUCAACAUCUCCAGCCACAUUUAUCAUUCAGAAGGUGAAGAAGGAGGUGGUUGUAUCGGAAGUGACGCAAAAUGAUGAGUUGUCACACAUAAAGGAUAGCGAAAUGCUCUAUCCACAACCACCACCACCAUCAAUGAUGCCACAACAGCCACCCCAGGUGCCUCCUGUUAGUAUGGGAAUGCCCCAAAUGGGUGUGCCACAGCAGCAGCAGCAGCAACAGCAUCAACAACAACAUCCACAUCAGCAGCAGCAUUUGCCACAACGGGAUGAUUUGCUAGAGCAUCAUCGGGAUAGCAUGGAAGACACAGAGGGGGCAUUUGAUGAGUUGAAAGAUGAGGAGGAACAGAUGGAAUCUCAAGGGAAUAGCAGUGACACGCCGGAAAACUUGCCGGGUGGCGGUGAAACACCCACCCAUGCCACGGAUUUGAUGAGCACCGAAGUGCUAUCGCCCAAGACGGAAGAGAGUCUGCCGGAAGCGAAGAUAUUCACAUGUGAUGAGUGCAACAAGAUAUUUGCAAAGAGAUCCCAAUUGACGCGUCACAAGAAUAUCCACAAAAAUAUCCUCUUCAUUUGCCCCUUUUGCCAGCGAGAACCCUUCAAGGCGCGCAAUUCGCUGAAAAAUCACCUGAAGACAAAUCACAAGGAUAUGCGAGAGAAAUGGGCAGACCCAGCGUACAUUUCGGCCCAGGUGAUUAAAGAUCCGGACAAGGUGGAAGAAUACUUGCGGCAGUGGCAUGAGAAGACAAAGUCCGUAAUUGCACAGGAGAGUCUCAAUGCGGGGAAUGAUGUGAGCCUCAGUCCGCCAAAUGCAGCGCCCACAUUGGCGGAUAUAAAGAUGCUGAAGAAGAAGAAGAAGAUGCUGCUAAAGGCAGCUGGGCAGGCGGCAAAAAUGGAGCCGGAAAGUACAAAGAUGAUGGCGGAUGUGAAGAUGGAACAGGAGGAGAUGUUUACGCAAGCCCCCCCAGUGAAUCAGAUGAUGAAGCAAAAUCCCAUGAUGCCACCUACAAAUCCAAUGCAGGGAGGGCCGAUGAUGCCGCAGCAGCAGCAGCAACAGCCGCAGUAUCAGCAGCCGCCGAUGCAGCAGCAACAGCCACAGCAAUAUGGGAAUCAUCCGUAUCAGCAGCAAAAUAUGAUGGGAAUGAAUCACACGCAAAUGCAUCACCAGCAACAUCACCCAAUGCAGCAGCAGCAACACUAUGGGCCAACUGGGGCGGGUCCCAGUGGUCCGCCGGGGAUGAUGCAACCGCAGCAGCAGCAGCAGCAAUUUCAGCAACCGCAAAUGAUGAGUCCUCCACCCAUGUGUGGUCCCAUGGGAACGUCUCCUGUGCGCUCCAAUAUGCAAUCACCCCCAAUGUCGCCGCAUCCCUCGCAGCAUCACUACUACCCUAUGGCGCCGGCGGGAGGUAUGAAUGGUGGCGGAGGGCACCAUCCACCAGGUGGAGGUCGAAUGAUGAAUAAUUUCCCAGUGAAUUCUGUGCAGCAGCAACCACCGCAGCAAUCAAUGCGUGGGCCACCACCUCUUGUGGCUGCACAUCAUCCGGGGCAGCAGCAGCAGCCGGGGCAGUAUCCGCCGCCGCAGCAUCAGGCACAAAUGCAAUCGCAGCCGAUGUACCAGCAACCGGGACAGCCGAAUAACUGCUAUGCACCGCAGCAGUACAUGAAUCACCAUCAAAUGGGUCCGCAACAGGCUCAGCAUGGGAGCUAUGAGAUGAUGCAGCAGCAGCAACAGCACCAGCAGCAUCCGAGCAAGAGGCCCCGACUAUAUCCACCACCAGGGCAGGCAGCUCCUCCGCCGCAACAUAACCCAUAUGCUGGCAUGAUGAAUCAGCAGCCGAUGCAGCAUCAUCACCCCUAUAUGCAUCACCACCAAGCACCGGCGGGACCCCAAGUGGCACCCCCGAAUCCCCAUCAGCAGCAGCAGCAGCAGCAGCAGCAGCAAGCACCACAAACAGGCCAAGUGGUCAGAGGCAAUUUUUCGUAAUGUCGCGCACCGCAGCGUCCCUUUUAUUUCUUUUUAAUUGUUUGUUUUUACAUUUUAUGUUUUUACAACAACAACAAAUCGCGAUGUGUUUUUUUUUAAAGCGACGACAAAAGUUUCCUUUUAUUUCUAUCUACCUACCUUUUACCUAUUUUACAACACCACAAAUCACUCAGCAAAUAAAGGUACGUGUUUUUGAUCCUUUUUGCCGCCUAUAUGUAUGUUUCCCUGUUUUUUUUUUGUUUUUAAAUUGUUUUUCUUCAAAGAAGCAACAAUAAAAAAAAGAAAACACUGGAAAUCACUUUUGCCAUUUAUGAGAGAGAGAGAAAAGAGGAAAGAAGAAAAUGCAAAAUAAUCCUACAAAUUCACAAAAGAAAAUUAAACUUCUUGUACAACUUGUUUAGUCCUUCUUUUUUCUUUUCAUCGAAAAAAGAUUUAUUAAUAAAAUUUUUAAUAAACAAAAAAACCAACCUACAAAUUAUUAUUAUUACUAUAUUUAUUUAUUACUAUUUUAAUGAGUUUAUAUAAAAGAAGGGGAUUUUUCUUUUUCACAAGAAAAAUCCCUUCAUGAAAAUUUGUCUAAUAACCAUUUUUUGUCUAACUCUGACGGGCAAAAGUUUUGUUUUUUUAAAUCGCAAAAUAGCGCAGUUCAAUGGAGCAAUUAAUUAGAUGCAAAACUUCAGUGCUGUUCUUUGGAAGGGAAUGAGAUUGAAAAGAAUUUUUGGAAUUUUUUUUGUUGAAAAAAUCUAUCUUGGAACUAAUUUUAAAAUAUUAUUCUGAUUUAAAAAUAAUUUGUAAAGAUUUUGAAAAUUUCUCGUUAUAAAUUCGUUUUUAAAUAAAAACAGCAAAGUAGAAAAAUCUGGGAUAAAAAGUUAAAAAUUCCUUGAAAAUCAAAUGGUAGAAACUCUCUAGAAUUAAAAGUCAAAAAAUAAAAAUUCUGGGAGUAAACGUCAAUUGUUAAAAGUUCUGGAAUAAAACAUCAAACAACCCUGUAAGAGCUAGAAUUUCUUUUAUCAAAAUUCAGGCCCUUGUAAAAUUAAUUCGGCUUAGAACUUUAUCAGAAAAUUCUUCUAAAAAACAUUAAAAAAAACAAUUUUUUUUUUAAUUUUUUGAUCUCAUUUCCCCCUAAAAACAAUGGAAGUUAAAUUUAAAAGAAAAUCUACUCGAAAAAAAACAAACAUUUAUUAAAAAAAAAACUAUGCUAUAAAGAAAAAA